ACAACACCGAGUGAGAGGGGAACUUUCUUGGGACUUUCACUUUCAGACAUUUCAAGUGAGUUCAAACAUUACGCUGUUAGUUUUUUAACAACAAUAAAACGGUUCUACAAAAUUUAAAGAUGCCGAGAAUAAUAUUUUUCUUUGGCUUGAUACUUGGACUAAUACUUAUGACAGACUCAUCUUUACAACCAAGGGCUCCCAAUUUUCAAUAUUACGAAAGACCAAAGUAUAGAUACCCUUAUUACGAUGAAAAUGGUGUUGGAAGACUUUUAUAUGGAUAUGGGGAUGAUAAAUUAUACCAAUACAAAGUAUUUUCCCCUUUGGAAGGAAUUCACUAGAUGAUUUAAGUGUUGUUAUUUUCCCCAAAAUUAAUUUAAAUAUAAAAUAAAAUUUUAUAGAUUGUAGAAAAUGAUUAUUUAGAUUAUUUAUUUAAAAAUUUCUUAAUUAGUGUAAAUAAAAAAUUAAGUAGU